UCCAUAGCGCAUCUGAGGAUAAAUGAGCGCGCGCGAGUCCGCACUUUGAGAAUCUGUGCAUCCACGAAGAAAACAACUAAACCGCAUCUCUGCUGCAAAAGGUCUCUGAAAGCAGUAUUCCAGGAUGGAUGGCAGUGGUGGUGAAUGCCUUAGCACUCCCGUGCCCUCGUCUUGCUUGGAAAACGUCACAAUGGAAAAUUCCAGCAUGGGUCAAAUCUACGAAGUCGUGCUGCAGUCGAUGAACACGACUAAGCGCAAUCCGCAGUUUGUUGGCGUGGAGCUCCUUCAGUCUUUUAAACCUCUCAUCAUCCCGUGCUAUGCUCUUGUGGUCCUGGUGGGAGUUUUCGGGAACUAUCUGCUGCUUUACGUCAUCUGCCACACCAAAAAAAUGCACAACGUCACCAACUUCUUCAUCGGUAACCUUGCAUUUUCCGACAUGCUGAUGUGUGCCACCUGUGUGCCCUUUACCCUGGCAUAUGCUUUUAAUCCUCGCGGGUGGGUUUUUGGAAGAUUCAUGUGCUACCUGGUGUUCCUCAUUCAGCCUGUGACGGUGUAUGUGUCAGUAUUCACAUUGACAGCCAUUGGAGUGGACAGAUACUACGCUACAGUUCAUCCACUGAAGAAGCGCAUAUCAGUUCUGGCCUGCACGUACCUUCUCUCUGGGAUCUGGCUUCUUUCAUGUGGUCUGGUAGCUCCUGCUGUGGCCCACACAUACCACGUGGAGUUCAAGGAUGAAGGUUUCACCAUCUGCGAGGAGUUCUGGAUGGGUCAGGGGAGGGAGCGACUAGCCUACGCUUACAGCACGCUCUUCAUCACCUACGUUCUUCCACUGUCCGCUCUUUGCAUCUCCUACUUGUGCAUUUCAGUGAAGCUUCGCAAUUGUGUGGUGCCGGGUCAUCGUACCCAGAGCCAAGCGGAAGCCCAGCAGGCUCGGAAGCGCAAGACGUUUCGCCUGGUGUCCUUGGUCGUCGCUGCUUUUGGGAUCUGCUGGCUGCCAAUAAGCGUCUUCAAUGUUCUUCGGGAUAUUGAUAUAGACUUGAUCGACAAGCGCUACUUCCUGUUGAUCCAGCUGUUGUGUCACUUGUGUGGAAUGAGUUCAUCUUGUUGUAACCCAUUUUUAUACGCAUGGCUGCAUGACCGUUUCAGGGCAGAAUUGCGGAAGAUGUUUACCUGUCAUAGACGGAUUGGCAUCGGGAUUCCUGCAAACAACUGUGCCACCGCUAGCGUGGUUCUCUGACAGAAAAUGAGCAGGUUGAGUUAGUUCAAAGACCAGCAAGGCUAGCAAAACACUGGGUUGCAAGCUUCUGGAAUGGAGAAAGUGUUCACAUCGUCCUCUGCCAUCUGCCAAGUUCCUCCAUGUGCAUCAUGUUCUAGAUGGACACAGAUGGUCCUUCUUGGAAGUACAAACCAUGUCUGCUGGUAAGAAAGCUGUUGGAUUAAGCCACGAGAUUUCACCAUACUGUCUGUGAUUUGGAUAUGGAUAACCCAAAAGGAAACAGGCUUUGGAUGUUGGUCUCAUCACAGAGAAUGGUCCCUAAAAAACUGCAACAGAAACAUUGAACUUCUGACACCCAACUUAAAAAAAGUGAAUGAAAUACAGAUUAUGAAGUAACGCCUUUUAGAUGGUUGGAAUAAU